AUGUAUUUAAAAUAAACUAAAUAUAUUUACAUCAGCAAAAAGUAUCACUAUCCAUUUUUAAAUUAUUUUGUUUAUAUCUUUGAAUCAAAAAUUCUAAAAAAUUUUUAAAAAGUUGAAGGUGUAUUAGAAUUGAUUUAUUUUUAUUAUUCAAAGUGUCACAUCCUUAUUAGGUAUUUUAAAAGAAUUAAAUGCUUUUUUAUUAAAUCAAAAAAUGGUUAAAAAAGAAAAAAAAAACUGUGUAGAGUUAUAAAAAAUAAUUUUAAUGUCUAUUUCUAAAAAAAUUAAUUGAGACAAAAAACAAUUAGAGUAGGUGUCUUAUUAUUUGUGAUCAGAUUUCUAUUACUUAUAGUGAAUAUUAUGCAUUUUGAUAAUAUAUCAAUUAAACAGGCAGAAUUAGAGAGAAAGAUAUUAUAAAUUUAGCUAGUGGAGAUAGUAUUAUAGAAUAUUUGA